ACCGGACACUUCGCCAUCUCAUCUGGAGUGAGCACCGAGACGUGUGCCGCUCACGAUGAUUUCCAACAAGCAACAGGGGAAGAGAAAGCUGCACUUUCUGGAGGAGGAGGAUGAGGAAACCAACUUUGUACCCUCAAAGAAACAACGUGCAUAUGAAGCUGAGAACUCCUCCAUCGCUCUGCUACUAGAGGAGGUGGCGCGGGAUGAUGAUGAUCACGAUGAUUUUGUUUCAAUCAUCAAUAGACCGUCAGCUAAACUGUGGAUGCCUCUCCACGAGCUGGCGGAAGAUGUCCCGCAUAAUAUUAUCUCUGUUUGUGAAGAAACAAACUACCAUGGGAGAAGAAUCAUUCUAAAAAUAAACAUCGCAUCUACAAAGAAAAUCACUGAGGUAUAUCUACCUCAGAGAUUUUCAUCCAUAAUUUCACCAAUAAAAGUUGUCAAAUUCAAUGCCAAUUGUAUAAAUUUAGCAAUAGUGGUGAAGCAUGUCACUGCUACAUGGACUGACAUUAAGAUUGUUGAAAUUUAACAAUCUUAUUGUCAUACCAUGUUGC